AGCUAUUCCAUCGUAGCCAAACUUCCUGCGACAAAAAGUCAAUUUGUCAAAAGUUCAAAAAUGUCAGAGUCGGCGGAGGUUAUCUCCAACGCCGACGCCUCGUAUGGUACUGAUACGGAUACCCUCCCGGACACGGAAUUGCCAAGUUUAAAUGUUUUGGAAGUUGACGAACCGAAAGAAGAGAUUAAGAAGAAUGAAAUGUCACGAAUUGAUAUAAUUCGUGAAGCUGCGGAUAAUGUUCAAUCAUGCAGAGUUUGUUAUGACGAAUAUCAUUCUUCAUCAAAUCAAGCACGAGUUCUUCAAUGUGGGCAUACAUUUUGUACUCGAUGUGUAGUUGGAUGUAGUUCUACAAUGAAUAAUACUUCUGAAGAAUUUGGAAUCAAAUGCCCAGAAUGCCGAAAAAUCAAUGAACAAGUUCCUGCAACAGUUCCAAUCAAUUUUCAAUUAAUGCAAAUCCUAACCACAUUGAGCCUUGUCAAAGUUCUUCAAACCCCUCCACAAGAUCAAGAAAUACCUAAAUAUGAAAACUUUGAACGUCUUGGAACUGAAAUUCCAAUUGCUGAUCUUGUGAAUCUGACAAUGGGAGAACUUUAUGAGCAUUUGAAAGCAGUAUUCAAUGCAAUUCGUCUUCGUGGUAAACGAGAUAAAACAUCGAUUCGUCCAAGCGUAGUUCACAGAUAUGAUAGUGAAUUUAAGAAAAUAGAUGAAGUGGAAAGGAGUAUGAAUCGAGUUUUGCAUAAUGUCAUUAAAUUACAAAGUGGAGAAACUCUUCCAAGACCAGCUCCAACGAUAACGAUUCCAUAUUGGCAGUUGGAUAGAGAAUAUCGAAGAUCACUUCAAGAUAAUGAUUGGAUGAGAGAAAUGGUUGUUUUCCGUCCACCUACCAGUGGUCCAGUGCCAGUUCGUCCACUUGUAGCACCUCCACAACCACCAGCUCAACCUCCAGUUCAAGAUGUUGAUACAGUGUUAGAAAGAGAGCAGGCCGCCCGUGCAGAAGCAGAUCCACGUAGGCAUUUGAACGCAGUACGAGAAGCUCAUCUUCGAAGAGAACGAGAAAGUGCUCAAGAAAGAGAGGCUGCUGUGAGAAAUGAACAAUUGAUGAGACAACUUUUGGAUAGAAAUGAAAAUAUGCAGAAUGUUCAUAUUGACAGAAAUGAUCCAUUCUCUCUGUUUAGACACUUACAAAGACAAGAAGAAAGAGAUUUAGAAAUGCAUCUGAGAUUUCGUAGAACACUUGAUCAAGACAGAGAUCGAGAAAGUAUGAGAAGAGUUGCAGAUGGACUUCCACCAAUAUUAGAUCAUGAUGAUGUUGAUGUAGAAGAAGAUGAUGAUGAAAGUGUUGCUUCAGAUAAUUCUUCAUUUGUUGAUGAACCAGUUGAAAGACCACCACCACCACGAAUGACUCUUGGAGAAGCUGUUACUAUUUAUAGAAUGAUUGAAGUUUUCUCACCAAGGCAUUUUAGACACGGACCUGAUAGCUUCUCACUUCCACAUAAUCAUGCAAAUCUGAACUCUCUUUAUCGAGAACUUUUACCUCCAAAUAGCCCAAUAACAAUUACUGAUACGAUGUCUGAUUCUCAACUUGCUGAUCUCCGUCGUUAUUCUCAAGCAAAUAAUGUUGAUUGUGACCGACUUCUUCGAGUUCUUCGUCAUCACAGUAUUAAAUUUGCACCUACAAUCGUUGAAUCUCCACGUCUAACCGAAAGACGUCGUCGUCGUCAACGUCCAGUUCCAGCCGAUGAUUAUAAUGCUCAUCUGUCAGUUAUCAGAAAAAGAGCAAAAGAAGCACUACGUGGCAAUCGACCAGAGCAACCAACAAAUGGAGAAGAAUCAAACUUGACGAUUCGAUUAAUUGUAAAUUUGGCGAAUUCAAUGGGAGUAAGAGAGAAGCUUGAUGACGUCAUUUGUCCACAACAUAGAGCUCAAGAAGAGGAAAAAGAAAUGUUUGUUCCACGAACAAAUGGCUCAACUCGACAAGAAAUGCUCUUUUGUAAUGUAUGCCGAUGUGAAGUUCCAAUGGGAUCCAAAGCAGUUCAUUCUCAAGGAAAACGUCAUAUUGCGGCCAUGGCAAAGUUUGUUUUUUAA